UGCAAUUAAUUAUUUUUUCCAUUAUGUUUCUUAACAAUAGUUUGCACUAGAGAUCGAUAUGUUAUUCAGUGUGAUAUUGUGUAUUAUAGGCGUUCAAAAUGUAUAUUCCGAAAGCACAGAUCAUUCAAACAAAUUGUUACUAAAUCAAACGAGAAGAAUUUUGAGAGGUAAUGAAGCAGGUGAUACUAGGCCGUACAUGGUGUACCUCCGGCCUGCAGCCACUGACAGCACUCAGGUCAAAUCACCCAACUGGCUCUGUGGUGGUGUCAUCAUCCACGCCCAAUACAUCCUGACUUCUGCCGCCUGCAUCGAAGAUGUUAAGCAGUUCUACGUGGUUUCCGGGACACACAGAUGGUUACCGCUUGGCCAAGAAGAUGAAUGUGUCAGGAAUGGUGCAAAAAAAGCUAUUUGGAAAUGUGUGCCCAAAGAUUAUGUUUUCGACGGCGAAGAAUUCGACAAUAUACGUUGGAUGAUAAACGACAUGGCAGUAGUGAAAGUGGAAGAAGAGUUUAACUUUGAGAGACGCAUCCGUGGUUGCGACUUCAUCCCUAAUCUAAUUGCUUUCAACAACCAGUCUGAGAGUCUAGAAGCUCCUGGAACCGUUGCUUCCAUUGCUGGAUGGGGAUCCGUUGAUAGGUUUGGUGAUACAUUUGGCCGUUCAACAAUGAAUUCUCCAGAACUACUCGAAACGGACGUGAUACUUAUAUCGGAGAAGAAAUGCCAGCGCCAGUGGCCGGAGCGAUAUCACUACAUCAUUGAGAAGAACAUGAUCUGCGCUAAGGAUGGCGUGGAUGCUGAUUCUAUCAGUGCGCUCUGUAGGGAACAAGGAAUAAAUUGCAAAGAACUAGUCUACUCAGAUGAAGAAGAAGACGAAUCUCACGCUCGUAGGUUUAUGUUGGAGCCAAACAAGUCGCAGAUACAUUCAUCCGCUCACAAUGAUACGAGGAGAGCAAAGGCAAUAUCUGGAGGGUUUUGUGAGAACGACCACGGCGGACCACUAGUGGUGGGCCACGGUAAAAGCUCCGUCGUGAUCGGCGUGAUCUCCGCAUGUAUGACCGCGAAUAUCACACAGAAGUGCUAUGGCCCCUUCCUCUACACCAGCGUGUGGCGUAACCGACACCUCAUCACUUGUGCUAUCGAAAAAGACAUCGGAACGUCGUGCAGAAGGUUAUUGAAGUCCUUAAGAACGCGUAUGAUUGAAACUAAUUUUGACUGGCCAAGUCUUCGUGAAGGGCCAGAGAUGUCAAUGAAUAACUCUAAAUACGAGUACACGGCAUCGGUUACAAAACACUUGAAAAUGAGAAGAAUAAAAGAUAACAACAUUUUUUCCUUCAUCCACCAUCAUCUUACGUAUGUUAUUGGAAUGAAGUUAUAUAACUUAUUCAAAUGUAUAUGCUGUAUUAUUUUUGUAAUGAAAUGCUUUGUUUUAGUUCAAGGUGAUAUAAAUGUAGCAACUACAAUACCACGAAACGUACACAACAUUUUACAAAAGACAAAUAUAAGUACAGUCAGAAAUGUCCUAAAUGAAUCGAGAAGAAUUAUGAAUGGCGAUGAAUCUGGCGAUGGUAGACCUUACAUGGUUUAUAUAAAACUUCCGUCAAAUCACCCGAAGUACCAGAACUACCGUCGUUGGCUCUGUGGUGGUGUGAUUGUCCAUGAGGAGUACAUCCUCACUUCAGCAGCGUGCAUUGAAGAUGCUCAGCAUUUCUAUGUUGUGUCUGGCACUUAUAGGCACAAUGAAGGAGACGAUCGCUAUAACAAUGUUUGUAUCAAGAAUGGAGCCAAGAAAGCAAUUUGGAAAUGCAUACCGCGAAAUUACGUUUUCGACGGUCAUGAAAACGACAAUAUAAGAUGGAUGAACAACGACAUAGCUGUUGUCAAAGUGGAAGAUGAGUUUGACUUCACUCGGCGAGUGAGAGGCUGCGAUUUUGUACCGAAACCGAUCUGCUACAACAACCAGACCAGUCGGUAUGAGGACCCAGGGAAUUAUGGCGUUAUUGCCGGAUGGGGAACCACUAAUACGUAUAAAGAUGGGAAAAACUCGGGAGCUGAAAUGAGUCGAACUCUUCUCGAAACCUCAGUUGUAUUGAUAACCAAGAACGAAUGCAAGAAACGCUGGGGCCCGCGCUACAACAACAUCAUCGACAACUACAUGAUCUGCUCCCGAGAUAUCAUUGCGGAUCUUAGCGAAGUUUGCAACGAAAAAUACGUAGAAUGCACAGACAUUAUGUACUCGGAUGAAAGUCAAGGCUCUAGACGAGUGCUCAGCCCGAAUGAGCUGGCUCUGCACUCAGCAUACCAUAAUGAGACCAGGAGAAGAGAUCCACGGCUUGGAAGUGGAGGGUUUUGUGAGAAUGACCACGGCGGUCCCCUUAUCUACGGCCACGGUGCUGAUGCUACAGUCAUCGGCAUAAUUUCCGCCUGUCUCGUCAAAGAGCGUACCAACAAGUGCUACGGCCCGUUUCUGUAUACCAGCGUGUAUAAGAACAGGCACCUCAUUAACUGUGCUAUUUUUAAGGACUACGCAGGUGACUGCUCGAAAAUAUUCAGAACCGGUGAUACACAUAUAGAAGAGGAGAUAUCUUGGGCUGAACAUCCUGAUGGACCUGCAAAAAAUGAAAUAACGAAAAUAAGAAGAACAGAAGAGAAGAUGAAUAAGAAUGAAGCAUUACAAUUAAAUAAUACAAAACUAUCAGUACUGAAUGAUACAAAGCCACGGCCAUUAGAUAAAGUGGUGAAACACGGAGGAGUAAUUUUAAGGACAUUUGGUGAUCAUGCGGAAAUGAAAAUGAUAGAUGCUAAUUCAACUAUCCAAAUAAAUCAAAAUUAUUUUUCUUACUUUAAUCAUUCUGCCACUAAAAUGAAACUCACUUGUGUUAUAAUAACUCUUCUGUAUAUUGUAAUUACAGGUAUACAUGGGAUCGAGGUAGCAACACAACUACCCCAAGAAGUCAGCAAAGUUCUAAAUGAGACUAGAAGAAUCAUUAACGGUGUUGAAGUAAGAGAGGGCAGACCGUACAUGGUGUACCUCAAAUUGCCACGCGAUAGUAAGAAGAAGCAAAACUAUCGUACCUGGCUAUGCGGAGGAGUCAUUAUCCAUGAAGAGUACAUACUGACGUCAGCAGCCUGUAUUCAAGACGUGGAACAUUUUUAUGUGGUUUCUGGCACUUACAAAUAUUCCGAUGAAGACGAUCGUUUCAACAAUCCCUGCAUUAAAAACGGCGCAAAGAAAGCCACUUGGAAAUGUAUUCCGAAAAAUUACGUCUUUGAUGGCCAUGAAAACGACAACAUCAGAUGGAUGAACAACGACAUAGCAGUUGUUAAGAUCGAGGACGGGUUCGACUUCAACAGGAGAAUCAGGGGUUGCGAAUUUGUGCCCAAACCUAUUUGCUAUAACAACCAGAGCCAGACUUUGGAAAACCCUGGAACUAUAGUCAGUAUAGCUGGCUGGGGGACCACGUCUAGGUAUAAUGAUUGGGUCAGCAGAAGAAAGGAGAACCAACAGAACCUUCUGGAAUCCAACGUAGAGAUCAUCCCUAAGAACAGAUGCAAGCGUCGCUGGGGCUCACGCUACCACAACAUCAUUGACAACUACAUGAUCUGCACCAAGGACCUCGGGCAGACCAUGUCGGAGAUUUGUAACGAGAAAUACGUUGACUGCCAAGACAUCGACUACUCUGACGACGAAGACGCGCGAAGAGACGGCAAAGCGCUCAAGACGGAGUUAAUACCAACUAACCUAACAAUGCACUCCGCUUAUAACGACAGCCGGAGAUAUGCAUCAGCUUCGUCCAAGGCAUCAGCUGAUGGAGGGUUUUGUGAAAACGAUCACGGUGGCCCUCUCGUAUACGGCACUGGAGUAAACUCUGUCGUGAUCGGUGUGAUCUCAGCAUGUCUGGUCAAGGAGAGGAGCAACAAAUGCUACGGGCCGUUCUUGUACACUAGCAUUUACAAGAACAGGCAAUUCAUCUCGUGCGCCAUUUAUAAGGACGUUGAACCAAAAUGUAGGCGACAAUUUAGAUCGGGAGUGACUCACGUUGAAAAAGUUCUUUCAUGGAAAACGCAUCCAGAUGGGCCAGCUAAAAACGAACAAGUAAUAGUCCAACGAGCUGAAGAAGACAAGGUGGAGACUGCAGGGGACAAGGUGUUUGCAGGCAGCGGUUCCAUAGUUAGACCAGAUUCUAAAGCCGCACCUAAUCUGAAUGCUACUGAUAAACACAAAUGUAUAGUAAUUGCAGUUCCAACUAAAGAAGAGAAGAGUAUAACACUUAAGUCUGAAGCAACUGAAAGAACUAAUGAAGAAAUACAUGAUAUUGCAGAUGAAGGGUGGGUUUUCGAAAACAACACAUUCGUUGAUACGAGAAGAAUUCUAUACAGCAAGAGAGUUGAAAUAGGAAAAAGACCUUACAUGGUAUAUCUGCAAUUGACUAAAAAGUCAGCCAAAGCCCACAAGUACCGCGGCUGGCUUUGCGGAGGCGUGAUUGUCGAUGCCCACUACGUGCUGACAUCUGCCGCUUGUGUAGAGGACGCUGAUAAGUUCUACGUCGUCUCCGGCACCACGAAGUUCGUGGACAGCUUCGAUUACAAGAGCGAUGACUGUGUUUGUAAACGCCGACGCAAGGUUGUAUGGAAGUGCAUUCCUAAAAACUACAAAUUCGACUUCCAAGACAGUAUAAAAUGGUCAUCAAACGACAUAGCCAUAAUAAAAGUGGAAAAGCCCUUCAAGUUCGGAGUUUGUGAGAAAGGCUGUGAGUUCGCUACGCACCCUAUUUUGUACAACAACGUUAGUAGGGAUAUGGAAAAGGCUGGAACUAAGGGCUGGAUAGCUGGUUGGGGGAGUGGGAAUAACUUCCGAGAGGGUGUGUACCGUCGCCAAUCAGUCCACAUACCAACCAACGCCAAGUUCCUCCAAGAGGCCAAGGUGUGUGUGAUGGACAACGAGCAAUGCGCCAAGAAGUGGGCCCAACGGUUCAGGGAGAUCAUCACGCAAUACAUGAUCUGUACCAAGGAUGUCAUGAAACGACUCAGCGAAAUUUGUGACAAAAAAUACGCCAACUGUACUGACGUGGAGACGAGACGUGACGACGACUCCAGCCAACUACGCAUUGACGUGGGGAGACAUCUUCAAGACCCUGAUGAUUAUACCGCACGGAGGUCAAGCAAGCAAGGAGGAUUUUGUGAGAACGACCACGGCGGCCCUCUCAUAGUGAAGUACCAAGACAAGGAGAGGGUGAUCGGGGUUAUAUCUGCGUGCAAGAUAGACCCCAAGACUCACAGCUGCCACGGCCCGUUCCUGUACACCAGUGUAUUCCAGAACCGACAGUUCAUAUCGUGUGCUAUAAACAAGGAUGUCGAAUCAAAUUGCAGGAGAGUUUUCCGUACUGGUAUCACGCACGAGGAAUGGACGGUCAAAUGGGAUAAAGCUGAUGAUGACGAUGAUGCAAGAGAUAAAACAGAAAGUGCUGAGAAGAAUGACAAAGCUGAUGAUAGUGACGAAGGACAUGAAGAAAUUUUAAGGGAAAAGAAGAAGGAUCAUCAUAAGAGCUCAAGCAGUUCAGAAAGUGACAGCAAAGAGCAUUCAAAGAAAAAAGAAAAGAAACACAAGGAAGAGCACAAGGAAAAACAUGAACACAAGAAAGUGAAAAGGCACGCUAAAGCUAAACAUUCGUAUUCUAAACCUGGUGUGAGAAAAAACGACGAAGUUUUCUACGAGUCUAGUCGCGACGAGAACGUCAACGAGCCAGACGACGAAUGAGUGUGAAGUGUCCUUAAUAAAUUCAGUUUUGUCGAAAUAA